GGCCCCCAUUGGCCGCUGGAGAGCGCGCGUCACCCGGCUGGCGCUCACCUCCAGCCCCAGUGGAAUUGGAGCCGAGGAGGAGCUGAAAAUGCAGAUUUAGCAUCAAGCACAGACAUACACUCGCUCUUUCUCUCGGGUACACACAGAUUCCCACAUUCGCACCCCUGCCAGCAAGCCGGGCUGCGCGACUGCACCGCUUCCCAGCCAGCCGGCUGCCGGUGGACAGCACACAGAUCUGCCGUUUGCCCAGCCUCCCUCCAGCUUCUUUUUCUAUACAAAGAUUUAAAAAACAAAAACAAAAACUACAUACCAGUUUUUUAAUUUGCACCUUCCCUCCUAGUUCCCUGCUCCACCAACCUGCGCGGCCCCCAGCCCCACUUUCCAGUCCUAAAGAAGGAUGGAGGGUGGUUGUGGCUCCCAGUGGAAGACCGCCGCCGGGCUCCUCUUCUGUGUCAUGGUUUUUGCAUCUGCCGAGAGACCGGUCUUUACGAAUCAUUUUCUUGUGGAGUUGCAUAAAGAGGGAGAAGAAGAAGCUCGCCAAGUUGCAGCAGAGCACGGCUUUGGAGUCCGAAAGCUCCCCUUUGCAGAAGGCCUGUACCACUUUUACCACAACGGCCUUGCAAAGGCCAAAAGAAGACGCAGCCUAUACCACAAGCAGCAGCUGGAGAGAGAUCCAAGGGUCAAGAUGGCCCUGCAACAGGAAGGAUUUGAUCGCAAAAAGCGAGGCUACAGAGACAUCAAUGAGAUUGACAUCAACAUGAAUGAUCCUCUUUUUACAAAGCAAUGGUACCUGAUCAACACUGGGCAAGCUGAUGGUACUCCUGGCCUGGACUUGAAUGUGGCUGAAGCCUGGGAGCUGGGAUACACAGGGAAGGGGGUGACCAUUGGAAUCAUGGAUGAUGGAAUUGACUAUCUCCACCCAGACCUGGCCUCCAACUAUAACGCAGAGGCAAGUUAUGACUUCAGCAGUAACGACCCCUAUCCAUACCCUCGAUACACAGAUGACUGGUUUAACAGCCAUGGAACUCGGUGUGCAGGAGAAGUUUCAGCUGCAGCCAACAACAAUAUCUGUGGGGUCGGUGUGGCCUACAACUCCAAGGUGGCAGGUAUCCGGAUGCUGGACCAGCCUUUCAUGACAGACAUCAUUGAGGCCUCCUCCAUCAGCCACAUGCCUCAACUGAUUGACAUCUACAGUGCCAGCUGGGGCCCUACAGAUAAUGGAAAGACAGUGGAUGGACCCAGAGAGCUGACACUCCAGGCCAUGGCUGAUGGCGUGAACAAGGGACGCGGGGGCAAAGGCAGCAUCUAUGUGUGGGCUUCCGGGGAUGGUGGCAGCUACGAUGACUGCAACUGUGAUGGCUACGCUUCGAGCAUGUGGACCAUCUCCAUCAACUCUGCCAUCAAUGACGGCAGGACCGCCUUAUAUGAUGAGAGCUGCUCCUCCACCUUGGCAUCCACCUUCAGCAAUGGGAGGAAGAGGAAUCCUGAGGCCGGUGUGGCCACCACGGACUUGUAUGGCAACUGCACUCUGAGGCACUCUGGGACAUCUGCAGCUGCUCCCGAGGCGGCUGGUGUGUUUGCACUGGCUUUAGAGGCUAACCUGGGUCUGACCUGGAGAGACAUGCAGCAUCUGACUGUGCUCACCUCCAAACGGAACCAGCUUCAUGAUGAGGUCCAUCAGUGGCGACGGAAUGGAGUUGGCCUGGAAUUUAAUCACCUCUUUGGCUAUGGAGUCCUUGAUGCUGGUGCCAUGGUGAAAAUGGCUAAAGACUGGAAAACUGUCCCUGAGAGAUUCCACUGUGUGGGAGGCUCAGUGCAGGACCCUGAGAAAAUACCAUCCACGGGCAAGUUGGUGCUGACCCUUACAACAGACGCAUGUGAGGGGAAGGAAAACUUUGUCCGAUACCUUGAGCACGUCCAAGCUGUCAUCACGGUCAACGCAACCAGGAGAGGAGACCUAAACAUCAAUAUGACCUCCCCCAUGGGCACCAAGUCCAUAUUGCUGAGCCGGCGUCCGAGAGACGACGACUCCAAGGUGGGCUUUGACAAGUGGCCUUUCAUGACCACCCACACUUGGGGGGAGGAUGCUCGAGGGACCUGGACCCUGGAGCUAGGGUUUGUGGGCAGCGCAGCCCAGAAGGGGGUGCUGAAAGAAUGGACCCUGAUGCUACAUGGCACACAGAGCGCCCCAUACAUCGAUCAGGUGGUGAGGGAUUACCAGUCCAAGUUGGCCAUGUCCAAGAAACAAGAGCUGGAAGAAGAGCUGGACGAAGCUGUGGAAAGAAGUCUGCAAAGUAUCCUGAGGAAGAACUAGGGCCGCAGUUCCACUUCUGCCUCCACUUCCCUCUCCUUCUGUCUCUGCCUCUGUCCUCGCUCCACAGUUCUGGCAGCCACCAGCCACCUGGCAAUUCCUGUCGCCCCACACAAGCAAUCCCAUCUUCUUGACCUGCAGCUUUGCUCAUUGCCCGUGAUUCUUUUCACUACAAUGGAAGUGAUCAUUUUUAUUCUGUAGCCCAAAUACAGCGUUCCUACCAACAUCUAUGUCCUAUGUGUGAAGCGACCUUCUUUAUUUCUUUCAUGUAAGUGGGUUAUCGAUAUACUGCAAGCAAAGCCAGGACAGCUUUGCUCUCCAUUCUUUUUUCAUAUCUGAGAAGAGAAAAGAAUACAUCUGAAAAGACACACUGGUGAUUCAAGAACCGUUGUCUGUGGUCUCAGCUGAGGCACUCUUACACAGCAUGGAAAAGAAAACAGGUAGAGGGUGAACACUGACACUCUGGAAGCUCAGGGAAGCUGCGGAUCCCUGGGUGGGAGGGUUGGCUUGAAUUUAGCAAGACUGAUCAGGGACAUGGACUGAGGUGGCAUGAUAAGAAAGAUACCAUCUGUAGACAACCCUGAGUACUAGACAGGUAAAAGAGAUGUUUAAAAAGCAGGUGCACUGGAAAUCUACCAACAUCCAAAUCCUAUUUGCUCUACUCAGCCAGGCUGAUGUAAAACCCGUGGUUUUUCUUUCACCCGCUGCUGCUCUGGGUUGUGAAAUCUGCUGGAGCAGCCCGGAUUUCUCUCUUGCAUAGAGUUCAUCCACACACCCUCAGUUUUCUGGUGUUCUUCACAUAGCUAUCCAAAAGAAAAAAAUAUAAGGCAGGACUAGCAGAGCAGAUGGUACUUUACUGUUUUUAAAGAUAGGAGCAUUCCUUUUCCUAAGUGGCAAGGGUGUUUUUGCUUUAGUUUGGUUUUGGUUUGGUUUAUUUUGGUUUGGUUUUGACAGUUUUACCCAGACCCACUUGGGCCUUGAUUUCCCAAAAAUAUCACUGGAGAGCAAUGUCUUCCUCCCUCAAGUUGUGAUUUCAUUGAUGUGCUGGGAAAAUGACCACUGUUGCAGAAGAGGAGGAAGGAUGAAGGGAGCACAUUGGAAACAUGAGUGGCCAUAUUCACACAGACCUCUGAUUGCAAAGAGCCUGUUCCGCUGAGAGGAAGACAUGCUACUGCACCCUACUGGAGGUCUGAAGACAGUAAGAGGUGACUGCUUUUAGGAAAGCACACAGUUGCCAUCUUGGCAACUCAGAAACCCAUGACAAUGUCUAACACAAACCCCAAAGGUUAUAGCUGUCAACC